AUGGAUGCGCACACCCGAUACCUAGCAGUCAAGCACUUCGUCAGUGACCGAGCCGAAUACACAGACCUCCUCAAAAGCUUCGCCGAAGGCAACACCCUCAACCGCACAGCCCUGCGCAUAAAAUCCGAUCUCCUCCUCAUAUCCAACACACUCUGGAUCUGGGCCUGCAUCACCGACACCUCCCUGUCAGACGAUACUAUAUGCUUCCCGCGGCGGUGCAAGGCGCUGGCGAUAGAAGUGCAGGAGGUAGGCGAUGAUAUGAUUGUCACUAACGAGGGGACGCCUGAGGCAGCGUUUGACGGGCUUUCGCAGAAGAUCUUUGGGAUGUUGGUGUUGCAGAUUGGGAGACUUACGGUCCCUGGGUAUGUGCAUGAGGACUGGGAGGCGGAGCGGGAUGCGCGGUUGGCGGAACGGGAGCAGAGUGUUUGGUUUUGUAGGGAUGAGGAGGGGGAUGAUGUUGUCACGAGGAUUUUGAGGAGGGUGUGGGAGCGGUUGCAUGUUAAAGUUGCGGAGUGUGCUUGUCGGCAGUGUUGUGAUUUUUAUUGUGGUGAUGAGGAUUGUUUUACUGCGUAA